GUUCAAGGACGUUCGAACGAAACGGCGGGCGGAUUUUAACGAACCUUUUUUGCCGUGCCGAUGAAGCAGGUUGUUGUUUUGGGAUGUGGUGCCUGGAGCACAGCUAUCGCUAAAGUUAUCGCUGAUAACGUCGCAUCAUCAAAUGAGUUUUAUAGUAAGAUUGCUAUGUAUGUACGUGAUGAAACUCACAAUGACCGAAAUUUAGUUGAUUAUAUCAAUAACGAUCAUAUAAACCCAGUAUAUUUGCCAAGCAUUACUAUUCCUACUAAUGUCACUGCAAACAGUAGUAUCAAACAAGUUGUUUCAGAUGCUGAUAUCAUAGUAGUUGCUUACCCAUCUCGAUAUGUACAGUGGCUAAUAAAACAAAUUAAUGGGCAUGUCAAGGAAAAUGCCUACUUCGUCUCUUUCUGUAAAGGUCUUGUUUUGUAUUCAGAAGAAAAUCGAGUCAAACUAGUGAGUGAUAUGAUUCGUGAGCAAACUGGUAAAAGUUGUGUUGUUGUCAGUGGAGCUACAACAGCUAUAGAAAUAGCUGAAAAACAAUUCACCGAAGUAACUAUUGGUGCUAAAAAUUACGAUCAUGGAAGUGAAGUAAAACGAUUGCUUCAGACAUAUUACUUAAGAAUGGUGAUUACACAAGAUGAUGUUGGAGUUGAAUUAUGUGGCGGUAUCAAACAUGUUGUAGCAAUCGCUGCAGGUAUUUGUGAUGGUUUAAAGCUAGGAGAUAACACAAAAUCUGCUGUACUUCGUAUUGGAUUCUGGGAAAUGUCUGAACUGAUGAAAGAACUAUUCCCCGAUAGAGGUACUGAUUGGUUAACAAUAGAACAAAGUUGUGGAAUGGCUGAAUUGUUUAUAUGUUACAUUGGCCGCACAAAUCGAUCACUUUCCAAACGCAUCUCAGAACACUAUCCGGCAUGGCUUUUAAAAGGAGAAUGUAAAACAAUUACUAGUUCUAUACAGGAGCAGUUAAUUAAUUGUGGAUACAUCGCUCCAAAGGACACUUCUUUUAAAGUAAUCUAUAGAGUCAAAGAAACUGGAUCUAGAGGGGGGUCGGAUCAAUAUUUUAUGCACUGCUGAGGCAUUGGCAAUCGACGAACUCAAGCCUGAACUUUGCGUGCAGAAACGAUUCGUCCAAUCUUUUAUUCUUUCCUGGCCCUAAUUACCUUUAUUGGUAUGUCUCAUCGAAGUGAUGAAGUUCCAGAUAUUGGAUCGGAUUUAGAUUUAAUAAAUAUCACUGUUGGUCAUAAAUUAUCUCGUCCAGGAAGUUCUUUCAGUUUACAACAAUUAACCAAAGACUCAAAGAGAGUAUAUACUGAUGGAGUUGAGUAUGCAAAACAGAUAUAUAAAAUAUUGACUGCAAGACAUCGUACUGCCCAUUUUCCUCUAUUUAUUGGAGUUCAUCGAAUUUGUCAAAAUGAAUUAAAACCACAAGAUUUACUUAGUUGUUUAUCAUCACAUCCGAUUCAUUCAUAACAUUUUAGUUUUUAACAACACUUUCAGUGCACGCUUACUUUAUAGCUAAGAGUUUAUGAUUUCUUUGGUCAAGUUAUCUUUUCUGAGUUGAAUAAUUUAUUCUCAUAGCUUUCAUAUUCUUCACAGACAUUAUCAGCAUAAAUGUCAGCUAGAAGUAACUUAUUCAAAAUUAUCCGUGUGUAGCUAACGAUUUAUUGUGUCAGUCUUAAAUUUGGCUGGCUAUUAUUGACACUUGUUUUGUAUUACUGUUUGGACCUAAAAGCUAUUGUAUGGACAAUAAAAGCACAGGUAUCACCGACAGUCAAUCAAGUUUGUUGUAGAUAAAACAAUCUGUAAUUCAUAUAUAUAGAGAAAUUCAAAUAGUUCUUUUCUAUCUGAAGUUUGUGUCUGAUAAUUCUGUUUAGAAUGAAAAUAGCAAACUUUGAUACCAAACCACCAACCAGCUCAGGAAAUACAACACAAAAGUUAACCUUCGUUGACUAGAAAAUUUCUCCGUUAUCUCGAAUUUGCAAUUUCUCUCUGAUCGUUUAUUUACCUGAGUCACUUUUAUCGUUUAUUGAUAAAUUAGAUUAGAUUGUUAUUUUUUGUUGUUUGUACUCUUUAGUUCUAAUCUCCCUUAUUUUGUCUUCCUUGUAGCGAUUUUUUAGUUUAUUUCUGGUUUUUCGAUUUCGGUAUUGAUUUUAUAAUGAGAGUAUUCAUUUGGCUAGGGAUAUUUAGAUGAAAAUAUUUGUCUAAUUAUUGUUUUUUUAUUACCCAAAAUAUAUUUACUGCGUUGACUUAUUUACUGACUUACAAAAAAUGCGUAAUUAUUGUGGGUACAAAGACAUACACCUUGGAAUUUUUGUGUAUACUAAAAAUCACUCCAAUUUUACUCGACUGAUCUAAACUUUAUCGACGACUAGCCAUUUGUGUGCGUGAUGAUUAGAUGGAAUUAUCUUUUAUAUGGCCCUUGUAAUUUGCUGGACUGUAGGUAUUGUUCAGUCAAUAAUAAGCUUGAAUAAGUUGACAAUAUUAAAAUGCUCAUUUGUGUUGAUUAGAACAUUUCCUGAAUGUCCGC